AGUGUCUUCAGUGAUGAAUAAAAAUGAUUAAUUAAUUUAUUUUACAGCUCAACCCGUUAAACACUUUUAUUUCUUUACAAAUACAUUGUAAAUAAAUGAAUGUAAUAAUUUAAUGCAUAUCCAAUCUUGUAUUGAAAUAAUAUUGCUCUGCCAAUUAUUAAAGACUGUGUUGGUUGUUUUUUCUCUAAAGGUUUUCCACACAGGUAAGCAAGCUCAUACAAGACAUAGAAGAAGUUUUAGUUGCAUGUCUGCAGGUAUACAUUCAUAUAAGACCUUAUGUUAUUUGUGCCACAAAACAACAAAAUUAUGCGCUUAAUUUUUUUGUCUGAAACCUUCUGUUUCUCUUUGAUGCUGUCAAAUGUUUCUUUUUUUGUAGAGCUGGUACUGUCUGCUCAGGCAGAGGACUGUGUAAAGGACAGUCAAAAAGUGAGAAGGUGACAGUCAUGCUUUAAUCUUUCAUAAAUGCUGUAAUUAUAUUGAAGUAUUUUUAAAGUGCUUAAUACAUUUUCUGUAAGUCUAAAGGGUGGGAAAACCUUUUUUCUUUUCUUCCCUUUCUAGUUUGUUUUUUUUUUUCCACAAAAUACGAGGGUAUUUACAGGAGCAAUUAGCACAGUAAAAUCCCUUUUUUUUUCCCCUCCCUCCUUCCUUGUCUUUCGGCGGGGCCCGUGUGGUUUGUGGGGCAGGAGCAGGUGGGCAGAGCGGAGGAUGGAGGGGGUGGACGUGCCGCCCGAGGGCUACUCGCUGAUCAAAGCCGUGUACCAGCGGCGCCUGCGGCUCACCCGGCUGCUGAUCGACGGCGGGGCCUACGUCAACGAGAGCAACAGCCGCGGCGAGACCCCGCUGAUGAUCGCCUGCAUGACCAAGCACGCCGACCUGCAGAGCGCCAGCAAGGCCAGGAUGGUCAAAUACCUGCUGGACAACAAGGCCGACCCCAACAUCCAGGACAAGUCCGGCAAGACGGCGCUGAUGCACGCGUGCCUGGAGAAGGCGGGCCCCGAGGUGGUGUCGCUGCUGCUGAUGAGCGGGGCCGACCCCAGCCUGCCCGACCACGCCAACUGCUCUGCCCUGGUGUACGCCAUCAACGCCGCCGACAGGGACACCCUGGAGCUGCUGCUCAAGGCCUGCAAGGCUCGCGGCAAGGAGGUGAUCAUCAUCACCACCGACAAGUCCACCUCGGGGAGGCAGAAAACAAAGCAGUACCUGAACGUGCCGCCUCCGGACCUGGAGGAGUGCAUUUCCCCAGCCGAUUGCACCUCCCCGUCAGAAAUAGAGCCGGACGAGGGUCCGGAGGACCCGUUCAGCUUUAAGGAGCUGUACGGUGGGCAGCAGGCGGACAGCUCCUCUGAACGAGUGCCGCUGAUGAGCAAAGCCAGCUCCACACCAGCACGGUUCAAGCUGACACAGGUGCUGCACUGUGAUCCCUGGCUGAAGUGCUGUCCGCCAGUGUUCCAGCAGAGGAAAAUGGCUUCUCCUCACGAGCUUCAGGGCAGCAGUCCCAUAGAAGAGCUCUCCUGUAAAGCCACUGGCCUUGACUUGUGCACGUGUGUCACCGGCAGUCACGACAGCAGAGACAAGAAAGACUCUGCUCAGGUGCAGAAGACCUCUGAUCAAACCUUGUCAAGGAAAGCAUUACGUGAUGCAGUAAACUAUCAGACUCAUUUCAUUGAAGAGAAACACAACCCCAGUGAGAUUCCCAUGGGCAUGGAUGCCAGUUUGGGACAAAUCAGCUUACUUUCCAAUUUUGGCAGUCUUAUCAAGAAAGGAAGUGGAGAACAAAAUUACAACAUCUCCAGUUCUCAGUUAACUAACAGUCUAAUUCCUGCUGCUGAUACAAAAGGCAGUAAGUCACCCAAAGUAAAUAGGGAGAUUCUUCCUACAUACCAGACUUUGUUACCAAGCCCCAGAAGAGCUCUGGAGAUGACUCCUGUUUCUCCGAGAGGCAGGAGGGCUCCUCUGGAGGGGGAGAGCUCGGGAGCCUUAGCGCUGGAUCAGACCAGGCCAGGUUUCCUGCCACCACUGAGUGCGAACCCCCGGCCCCCAGGCCCAGAGCUCACUGUCAUAAACACAGUUUCUGGAAUGAUCUCUUAUGGACAAACUCACUUAGUGCCACCCGGAUCUGCUUUCCCUAAGGGGACCAAAGACACGAAUCUGAUGCGGAGGAGGCCCUAUGAGCAGAUAACAGUCUAAGCAGAUUCAGCAAUUACUGCGUUUUUAACAGGAGAGCAAAGGGGAUAUUUGUAAAUAUUCACCGCAGUCAUUGACUGUUAUGGUAUGUAUCACAAAAUAGAGCAGGUCUGUGAUGUUACGUAAUGUCUGCCUCAGGACGAGUGGAAUAGCUCAGGAACUAGAUGAGAAGACAUACUUACCUAGUGAGGCUGUCUUCUGCAAGCUAAGGAAGGUUUAUUUUGCUGGUUUUGUAAAGUUUUCAACUUGCCUGUGGCAGACCGAACCCACAACGGUCCAUAAGCAUUGCAGUUUUCAUUGUAGGUUGUAAAUACCACCCCCCUAAUUUCCCCAGACACACACAUUUUCCCAUUUCAGCACCCGGACAGGCGUGCACGGAGUUUGCGAGUCUGAAGCAUUGGACUGUGAUGCUGGACAGCAGACCGGCUCUGUCCAGGUUGUACAUAUGCAGAACCCCAGAGACAGCAGUGGGGCGGUGGCGGCAGGAGCCAGCGGCAGUGUCUGCUGGCCCCAGCAGCCCCACGGCGAGCGAGCAGACACGUCGGAGCUGCAGAGCUGUGCUGCCCACGGGCUCACAGCCGCGGCUGGCGCUGCAGCCACGGCCGGGCGGCGCUGCCGGGAGCCCGCGUGUGCCACAGGCCAGCCCGGACCGCGCUGGCCCCAGGCACUGCACAGCGCGGGCUGCCCCAGCUGCAGCCCCUGAAAUCCCUUCGGAAGAGCAAGGUGCGGCACAGCCUGCACCUGACCGGGCUCCGCUGCUCCCUGCGGCUCGGGAGGCCCCAAAAAGAGACCCCCGGGCCAGGCUGGAGCAAUCUGCCCCCAGUCAGAGCCCUUCUCAGUGGGGUACAGACACCGGGACACACCCGUGAGCAGGGGCACUUCACACACAGACACAGACACGAACACACACACACACACACACACACACACAAACACACAGACACACACACGCACACACACACACACACAGACAGACACACACAGCUUGAGAAGCGGGGCAGGGCUCUGCCCUGCUCAGACCUAUAAAACAUAACAGCUAUGGGGAAGUCGGGGCACUGGCACAGUUUUCCCAGAGGAGCUGUGGCUGCCCCGUCCCUGGGAGUGUUUCAGACCAGGCUGGACACUUGGCCUGGUCUUGUGGAAGGUGUCCCUGCCGGGGCAGGGGGCUCAGAAUGAGACAGGCUUUUAUUUCACAUGGUUUCCAACCCAAACCAGUCUGUGAUGGGUGAGUCUAAUACAGAACUCACCUGGGCGAUGGAAACCCACCUUUUGCCUAAUUUGAAGCAGAGGACUCAAUUUCCCACCAGUGGGAAGCAGUCCUCUGCAGCCUCCAAGCUACUGCGUAUUUUUAAGUAUCUCUAUCUAAAAAUCUUUCCUUUAGUGUCUUGUGACUCCAAGUAUCUCCUUUGUCUUUGUGUGCAUCCCAUAGAUGCUGGAUUUCUGCUACUGCAUUUAGCAUUUAGAUCUCAUCUUCUAAAUUUUGAGAAAAAGUGAAUGUGUUCUGUUUGGUUGUAAUUUACAGCAAUUAGUUGUAUUGAAAUUGUGUCUGUGUAAUGUGAAUUUCAGUAUACUGAAUUUAAGUGGUUUUUUCCUGAAAAUACUCAGUGGGUACUACCUGUCUUGUUGCAGCUUCAGUCAAAGUCCACCAAAUCUGGCAUUGGCUAACAAAAGCCUGUAAUGUUAUUUAGCUUUGCACUUAGUAGGAGACAAUUUAACGGGGAUCUUAACCUUAAAACAGUGCUACGGGGAUCUUAAAUAUAAACCAACUUAAGGAGGAUUGGGGACAUAAGACAAUUUGAAGGGGAUCACAAACAUACAAAUAUUUAAUGGGGAUCAUCACCAUAAAACAAUUUAAUGGGGAUUCUAAACAUUACACCAUUUAAAGGGGAUUCUACAUACAUACUCUCUGUAAAUAACUUUUUGGGAGUAUUUCUUUCCAUUCAGGUUCUGCCUUUUCCUUCAGAUUUUCCUGGAUCAGACCCUGUGUACACCAGGUUAAAAAAAAAGAUUAUGUGGACAUAUUUUUAUGAUACAGAAAUUAUGUGGAACAACAUAUGUCAGUAUUAAUUGAAUACAAAUUAGUCCCUACACAGAAAACACUUUCCAAAUGUUUUCAUGAUAGUAUAAAAGGAAAUGGCAAAUUCUCAUCUGUUCAUCUCAUAGUGAAGUUAAAUAUUUGAAGGGGAAAAUAGAUCUUUAAAAAAACACAAAUUAUUUUUUAGAAGACAUUGACUAUGACCAGGUGUUCUAACUGGUAUCUUUGCUGAGGGUAUAAAGCCCAAUUUAUGCUGUUUUAAUUUUAAAAUUAUGUACAUGGGACUGUGGGUCCCUUAAAUGAAACCUUAAUUUUUCUAUGAAAAGCUCAGACAAUGGAGGGAAGGGACAAGUGUCUUGUAAAGGGAAGUUUUUUGGUAGUGUUACCAGUAUUUUGUGAUUAAUUGUGAUGCAAACUAGUGUGAAGCGUUCAUAUUAUUGCUUGUGUUACUGUUACAAGUGACCUUCAAAUGAAAAAGCUUUGUUCUCCUGUUGUUGUUCUGCUGAAUAAAUAAAAGAUAUUUUUUCCCCCUCAGAGGGAACAUGGAAAUAAGCACAUGCUUUUAUUCACUACUCAGGAAAUGAUGAGUCAUUGCGAAAGGUACUCACUCAGAAGUGUUUCUCAGGCUGCCUCUGUAGAAGAAAAUGGGAGCAGUUACAUCGAUUUAAUCCAAUACAGCUAAAUUUGUCCCAAGUACGGUGUGAGAGAGGCUCUUUCCACCUGCAGGAAGCUUCCUGUGGUUGCACUUGUGGAGCAGAGAUGCACUUGUGCUGUCUCUGAAGCCGUAAUCCAUGACAUCACCCGCCACGGCGCGGUCAGCCCGACCCCGGCUCGGUGCUGACCCGGCUCCAAAGGAGCCCUGCCAGGUGUCCCUGCGCGACACGGUGACACCAGCCACGGCCACAAAGGGUCUCAAGCCUCACCCGCCUGGUCUGCAGAGGGAAACAACCCGGGCUUCUCCCCGAGCCUUCAUCCUCUCUGCAAUAUGCUGUGAAAGCAACUUCAAAACAAACAGUGGUGGCUUCACAAGAAGCAGUGAUUAUGUAAGAACUCCCAUUAUUUCGGUUUAAGGGAUUUAAGAACAGCAAGUCACCACACAAAAACGUCGUAAACUAGCAGUUUUCAAGGUUGUGUUUAAGGUGCAACCUUCAAAAUACAGGCUUCAAAAUGUCUUUCCCUGCACAUUUAAUUUGGUUUUGCUCUUAAGGAGUAAUUGCUUUGUUUUGAUCUUUGUCUUUUACAGUUACACAGCACUUCCAAAAGAAUAUUGCCAUAAUUUGAUGCAGCUAUACAAGAAAAACUAUGUAAGCACAAAAUUUCCUUUUUUUCCUCAUCAAUCCCAUGUAGGACCUUUAUCUCUCUGCCUGUGAUAUACUGCAGAACUAAUUACUUUUCCAACUGAACAAAGGGAUUUAUAAAUACAGAUUCCAGCAUUUUCACUGGGAAGUAUUACUGGCACUGCACUAACUGCAAGGAGAGCAGAUUUCUUAAGGAAACACCUUUAGAAAGCUCAUGGGGGUUUUCAGAGUCAAAGGGAUAAAAUUCCAGUUGUCAUCACUACAUAUUCCAAUGAAAGACCCAGCUGAUAAUCCUCUUGGAACAACAACAGGUUUUUACUCCUGUACACAAGUUGGCCUCUUUUGUAA